AUGGGAACAUUAUCGCAGGCCGAUGAGGCCCAAUUGAAGGCACAACUCCAAGACGCCGUCAUCAGCUGCACAGAGCGCUGUCUCUAUCAUUCCGCCAAAUGGGCCGCAGAAUUGCUCGACUCACUCCCUUGCGCCGACGAUAAUGCAUCAGAUACCGAUGUCGACUCGCCCAUGUCGGACGCGCAUCCGCCUCAAACACCAAACCUCGUCCCAAAGGAUCCUACUGAAGCGCGCCUUGAAGCACGUGAGGCGCACAAGUUCCUCCUUGCCAAGACGUACUUUGACUGUCGCGAGUACGAUCGAUGCGCUGCCGUCUUCCUCCCCGGGCCCUUGCCCAAGCCUCCAACGACACCAACAACAAAUGCUAAACAGGCGGGCAAGGGCAAGUCCAAGAUGUUCACCCCCACCAAAGCGAAGCUCUCCAAUGAUACGACAAAGGGCAUCAGCCAGAAGUCGCUCUUUCUGGCGCUGUAUGCCAAGUACAUCGCCGGCGAGAAGCGCAUGAACGAGGACAGUGAGAUGAUCCUCGGGCCCCAAGAUGGCGGUGUCACGCUGAACAAGGAGCUGCCCAUGGUGUCGGCCGUCUUGGAGGAGUGGUUCAGAGAUUUGCCCAAUAGCGGUCGACAACCGCAGGGCUGGUUGGAAUAUCUCUACGGCAUUGUACUGGCAAAGGGCAAGAACGAGCAGCUCGCUAUUGACUACCUGGUCAAGAGUGUCCAUCAGUAUACGUACAACUGGGGUGCGUGGCAAGAGCUGCAAGCACUGCUCAAUACCAUGGAUGAGCUCAAUGGCAUCGUCGAGCGACUACCGCAGAACCUUAUGACCUUCAUCUUCCACGUCACAUCGUCGCAGGAGCUCUAUGCCGUCAACGAGCAGAUACAUACGUCACUGACGCAGAUACUCAGCAUUUUCCCUACAUCGGCUUUUCUAAAAACUCAACGCGCGCUGCUUCACUACCACAACAAGGACUUUGAUGACGCGGAGCAGAUAUUCUCUGACCUCCUCACUUCGGAUCCGCAUCGGGUCGAUCAUCUGGACAAUUACUCCAACAUACUGUACGUCAUGGGCAUGCGGCCUAAACUUGCAUUCUUGGCCCAGCUCGCCACAGCAACCGACAAGUUCCGCCCGGAGACAUGUUGCGUUGUGGGCAACUACUACUCCCUCAAGUCGGAACACGAAAAGGCAGUCAUGUACUUUCGCCGGGCCCUGACCUUGGACCGGACCUUCCUCUCCGCAUGGACGUUAAUGGGUCACGAGUUCGUCGAGAUGAAAAACACACAUGCUGCCAUCGAGUCGUACCGGCGUGCAGUUGACGUCAAUCGAAAAGACUAUCGCGCAUGGUACGGCCUGGGCCAAACGUACGAGGUGCUGGAAAUGCACUCGUACGCUCUCUUUUACCAUCAACGCGCCGCUGCUUUACGACCGUACGACCCGAAGCUGUGGAUGGCAGUCGGCCAAUGUUUCGGCAAGCUGGGCAAGGUCAUGAAUGGUAUCCGAGCAUACAAACGCGCACUCGUAGCCGGCUCGUACUAUGACGCUGGCAUCGGCACUUCGUUUGGCAGCGGCGAGGUGUCUGGGCUCGGCGGUGGCGUUCUAGACCCCGAGGUCCUAUACCAGAUCGCGUUGUUAUACGAGCGCAUGAACAACAUGGCCGAGUCUGCAUCCUUCAUGGAACUGGUCCUUGCACAGGAAGAAGGGCCGGAAUACGAGGAGACGGGCUCGGAAAGCGCGGGUGGCGUCGGCGUUACGGCGACGACUAGCAAGGCGAGGCUGUGGCUGGCGCGCUGGGAGUACAUGCGUGGUAUGUACCAGCGGGCUAUGGAGCUGGCGAAUGAGCUGUGUCAAGAUGGCGUCGAGGUUGAGGAUGCAAAGGCGCUGGUGAGAGAUAUUAGGGCUCGUAUGGAGAGGGCUGGUGGUGGGGACGAGGCAGAUUGA